AUGUACCAUCCUGCACGUGCUGGCCUUCUUGCCCGGGAGCUGCACAAGCUGAACGUGCAUGUGGCCGCCAUCCAGGAAGUUCGAUGGCCCGGUCAUGGAGAGCGAGAAUUCACGGCGGUGGACCCCAUCGCCAACACCUCUUUCAAGUACCACAUCUACUACAGUGGCGGCGAAAAGGCGAUGCACGGAGUCGGUUUUGUAGUGAUUGGGGAUCAAAAGAACCGAGUCAUCAAGUGGAAGGUGGUGAAUGACCGGAUCUGCGUGUUGAGAAUAAAGGGCAAAUUCUUCAACUACAGCCUGAUCAACAUCUACGCUCCGACGAACGACAAGCCCGAUGACGAGAAAGACGCUUUCUACGAGCGUCUGGACAAGACCUAUGGAGAGUGCCCAAGACACGACGUGAAGAUAGUCAUCGGAGACGCAAACGCGCAGGUCGGAAGGGAAGCCUUCUUCCAUCCUGUCAUCGGCAAGGAGAGCCUUCAUCCUCGCACGAAUGACAACGGCCUACGUUUGGUCAAUUUCGCCGCAGCCAGAGGAAUGGCUAUCUGUAGCACCUUCUUUGCGCGCAUGAACAUUCGGAAGCACACCUGGCGACACCCGAAUGGCGAAUCGUGCACACAAAUCGAUCACGUUUUGGUGGAUGGUCGACACUUCUCGGACGUGAUGGACGUCCGAUCGUACAGAGGACCGAACAUCGACUCUGAUCACUUCCUGGUAGCGUGCAAGAUCCGAGCUAGGCUGUCGAACGUGUUGACCCCGCGGACUGCGAGGGUAGCGCGGUUGAACGUCCAGCGCCUCGCGAGCAGCGACGUUGCUGCAGAGUACAGUCGGAAGCUUGACGAGCGGAUCAACGAGGACGCGCCUACGGUGAUCGGCACGACCAGAGGACGCAAACCCAAAGGGUGGUUCGAUGCGGAGUGCCAGCGAGUGACGGACGAGAAGAACGAGGCCAGGAAGCGUAUGCUCGUUAAGGGUACGCGCCGAAACUGUGAGCGAUACAGUGAGUUGCGAAGAGCAGAGAAACGAAUCCACCGCCGAAAAGAACGGGAGUACGACGAAACGAUACUUGCCGAAGCGGAAGCACAGUACAACGUGAACGAUAAGCGGAGGUUUUACGCAACUGUCAACGGUGUAAGAAGGAAAACCACGCCUUCCCCUGUGAUGUGCAACGACACGGAAGGCAACCUGUUGACAGACAAGACUGCGGUGGCGGCUAGGUGGAAGGAGCACUUCCAGCAGCUGUUGAAUGGUGAGGCACGAGAGGGAAUCGUCGAGGACAGGAUACACGUUGAGGAAGAUGGAAAAGCUGUGGACCCGCCUACGUUGGAGGAAGUAGCUAAGGCUGUUAAAGAGCUCAAGAACGGGAAAUCCGCGGGAAAGGACGGACUUCCGGCCGAACUUUUCAAGCACGGGGUACGCGGAUGA